CGGUCCUGUAGGUGGCGCUACUCACCCGCUCAGGUGUCACGUGUCUCUGCUUGCUUUCACUAUCCAUCCCAGCAUGAGUCGAUAGAUUUCUGCAUGUUUCUUUUCUGCAUGAUUCUCAGGUGAAGCUUGAUCAAGAUAAAAACAAUGGAGAACGGAGAGUGCGGUCCUCACGAAGCUGCUGACUCCAUGACUGUUCAUGAUUUCUCUGAGAAGAUUCUGGAGCAGCACGUACAUUUUCACGUCAUGAAGUUCGACGGUGGAUUCUUCCUCUGGGUCGGAUCUAAUGCGGUUCUGUCCAACCUGGCCGUGUCCAUCAACAGUAAAUAUGAUUCAAUGCCUCUGUCGACACUUGUUCUGGGUGACACAUCAGACACAACACCAAGCUCUCUUGCACAGAGACUUACAAAGAAGACAAAGAAACAGGUAUUUGUAAGUUACAAUUUACCCAUGACAGACUCAAAUCUCAUGCUGCUGGUGGAGAACAGAAUCAAAAAGGAGAUGGAACUUCAUCCUCACAAGUUUUAAACAUUCACUGUUGUGCACUUUUUGUAUGGUUGUUUUGUAUAUAGCUCAAUAAAUGUAAAAGAAAGCUUUCUUGUUAUAAAAACAUCA